UCAUUUUGAUGACAUUUUAUUACUGGUUUUAAAUAAUAGCUACAUAUUUAAAAUUAGCGCCUUCAUAUUCGUGUCAAACUACUUUUUACAGCACUCGACUUUAUCUCAAGUAAUUAGUACUGUUAUCAUUUAACAGAUGUCACUGCCUUCUGCUAUUAAUUUCUAAUUUUCACUGUAGAGAGGGUUAGCUAUUGGUGUAUUUCAUCUAUGCUUUCAACUGAAUUACAGUAGUGGUUGUGAAGGAUAGGGCACGCUGACCUAACCCACUACUAAAAAAUUAAACUUUAUUUUUCGAUUUUUGGCCAGGUUUUUGGGAUUUGGUCCCACUGUGCGUAGUAUGCCCUCUACCGUCCUCGCUUAACGCCUGCCCUUUGAAUCAUCCAAACCAUCUGUCAGUCUUCUAUCCACCCAAAACCUACUUCGCCAAGCUUCUGCUAUCAGCCAUUAGAUGUCACAGCUUGUCCAAAUUUAAUGUCCUUACAAAUUUGUGUAGUUCUUAAGCUACAUUUACAUUCAAUUCGAAAUGAAAUUAAUUCAAGCCGCAAUUGACAGACCAUUUACUUUGGGAGUGAAUUUAUAGGUUAGAUUUUAGAUGUUUUCGUUGUUUAGAACUCACCCCGUUUCCCAAUUUACGUAUUACAAACGUUUUUAAAGAGUAUCAGUGGUAGCAGUUAAAAUGAUGACUAACGAAGAAAAACUGAAAAGCAGCGGAACCGCAGAAUGUGGGUACGAAGUAUUUACUUAAGAAGGAGAAACUGUGGUUUUUACAAUACCCUUGUAAAUGAGUUGCAACUUCAUAGUCCAGAAUUAUUUUUCAAUUUCACGAGAAUGACUGCACAAAGCUUUGAAUCUCUUUUGACUCUCUGUGCACCUUACUUGCUAAAGCAUUCACCACCUGAAGCUAUUCGACCUGAAGCGAGAUUAAUGGUAACACUACGAUUUUUAGCCACGGGAGAUUCCUAUCCUAGUCUAGGCUAUGCUUUCCGUAUAGCCCCUUCUACUAUAUGUGGAAUUGUUUUUGAAACAUGCAAUGUGUUGUGGAAAGUUUUAUCUCCAAUAUAUUUAAAAGCACCAGCAGAAGAACAGUGGUUGAAAAUUGCUAUAGAUUUCCAAAACUUAUGGCAACUGCCUAACUGUUUAGGAAGCAUCGAUGGAAAGCACGUCCGUAAUCAGGCUCCUUCUCAUUCUGGGACAUUGUAUUAUAAUUAUAAGAAGUAUUUUAGCAUCAUAUUAUUAGCAGUUUGUGAUGCACAAUAUUACUUUACUCAUGUCAAUAUUGGGGCUUAUGGAAGUCAGAGUGAUGGUGGUGUAUUAAAAAAUUCUAAUUUUGGACACCAACUAAAGAUGGGUUCACUCAAUAUUCCCCAAGGACGUGCGUUACCAGGCACUGCCAUUAGAGUCCCAUUUUAUUUUGUUGGGGAUGAAGCGUUUCCUCUACAAAUUAAUCUAAUGAGGCCAUACAGCAAAUUGAGGAAUGCAAGAAUGGAGGAAGACAAUAAUAUUUAACUAUAGGUUGUCCCGAGGAAGGAGGACAAUUGAGAAUGCAUUUGGCAUUAUGGUGGCUCGCUUUAGGAUUUUCCAUAAAGAAAUUUGUGAAGCACCAGAAACAGUGGAUGCAAUCAUAAAAGCGACUACCUGCUUGCAUAAUUAUAUUAAGCAUCAAAGGGCAGAUGCUUCCAUGUAUUGUGGGCAGUUCUAUGUGGAUAAUGAAUGUACAAAUGGGAUAGUAAUUCCUGGUCAAUGGAGAAGGGAAGUUCAGCUAAAUUGGAAUGCUUUGGGUACUUCAUUAUUAAGAUUUGGCAAUAGAAAUUAUUCAAGGGAAGCCUUUAAUUUUAGAGAUUAUUUAAAAAAUUAUUUUAAUAAUACUGGGCAAGUUGGCUGGCAGUUGGAUUACAUUCGAAGAACAGUAUAAUUAAAAUUCUUGUAUGCAUGCACGUUUCUUUGUUCUUUGUUUUGUAAGGUUAAAAUUAUUUAUAUCCACUUAUUUACA